UUCACUUUAAAACCCCGUGGACCUGUCGCUCGUUGCUUUUUUCCAUCACUUGCUUUUCAACCGCUCGCUGUGAUACUCUUGUUAACUCCGGAAUUUUUAAUUUACGCUUCUAUUAUUCCUUUUAAUCCUCAAUUAUCUUCAUAAUUUUCAAAUAAAUAAAUAAUCGGUUAAUUAAGUGAAAUAAUUUUAACUGAUUUAAAUCAAUGAAAUUAAUCAUUCAAACCAUUAUUUAUUUCUUCUUUAAUUAGACCGUGUUCAGAACGCGCUCGGGUUGAUUAAUUUAAAAUCGAUAAGAAGUGCUUUAUUAGUCACUGCCAGUUUAAAUAAUCACCUCUGGAUAAUGUUUUAUUAAAUCGUUGACUUUUAUGAUCAAUUAAUAAAAUUCAAAAUGAACAUCGAGGAAUUUCGUGUGCGAGGUAAAGAAAUGGUGGAGUAUAUUUGCGAAUAUCUAAGGACAUUAGAAGGUAAAAGAGUUACGGCAAAUGUUGAUCCUGGUUAUUUGAGGCCUCUUUUACCCAACGAAGCACCGCUAAAGCCAGAGUCAUGGAAUGAUAUUAUGAAUGAUGUUGAAAAUAAAAUAAUGCCUGGAAUAACUCAUUGGCAACAUCCACGUUUUCACGCAUACUUUCCCGCCGGCAAUUCAUUCCCUUCAAUCCUCGGCGACAUGUUAUCAGACGCGAUCGGAUGCAUCGGAUUUUCUUGGGCAGCAAGUCCGGCCUGCACGGAGCUCGAAACAAUAGUUCUAGACUGGUAUGCAAAGGCCAUUAAUUUGCCGUCUGGAUUUUUGGCUGAAAAAAAAAAUUCUAAAGGCGGCGGUGUAAUCCAAGGAUCAGCAUCCGAGUGUAUUUUAGUAACAAUGCUGGCUGCACGAAACCACGCAAUAAAUUUGCUGAAGAAAAAAGAGCCAUUAAUAGAAGACAGUGCUUUUUUACCGCGAUUAGUCGCUUACUGCUCGACAGAAGCUCAUUCAUGCGUCGAAAAGGCGGCUAUGAUUUGUCUGGUAAAAUUGCGAGUAUUGGCACCUGAUGACCGUUGCUGUUUACGAGGCAGUACACUGGAAGCGGCCAUAAAAGACGAUAUUAAAUAUGGACUGGUGCCGUUCUUCGUGUCAACGACACUAGGAUCAACUGGGUGCUGUUCAUUUGACAAUCUGGUUGAAAUUGGUCCGGUUUGUAAGAAGCAACCUGGAAUAUGGCUCCACGUCGACGGCGCUUAUGGUGGAAACGCAUUUAUCUGCCCGGAAUUACGGCCGCUGAUGGCUGGAAUAGAGUACGCAGACUCAUUCAAUACCAAUCCCAACAAAUGGCUCCUCGUAAAUUUUGAUUGCUCAUGUUUGUGGGUACGUGAUCGCGUUAAAUUAACAUCAGCUCUUGUUGUAGAUCCACUUUAUCUUCAGCACGCUAACUCAAAUGAAUCAAUAGACUAUCGACACUGGGGUAUUCCGCUGAGCCGAAGAUUCCGAGCACUUAAGCUCUGGUUUGUAAUGAGAAGCUACGGUAUUAUUGGACUGCAAAAGUACAUACGCAACCACAUUCGGUUGGCGAAGAAAUUCGAGGCUCAAAUGAGAAAAAAUAAACGCUUCGAAGUACUCAAUGACGUCAGGGUAGGAUUAGUUUGCUUUCGUCUAAAAGACAGUGAUGAGAUAAACCAAGAACUGCUGGCCAACAUCAAUGCCUCGGGAAAAAUUCAUAUGAUACCUUCGAGAAUGAUGGGCAAAUACGUGAUACGCUUUUGUGUCACUAAAGAAAACGCCAAAGAAGACGAUAUUGAUUAUGCGGUGGAGGUAAUUGACGAACACGCCUCUGAAGUCCUGCUCACUCAUUAUGAGGGCACAGAAAUCGAGCUGUCGGCUAAAAGCCCCAAGAGCCCGGUUCCACUGGACAAGAAACUCGUACGAAAGUUCAGCUUCACCAGAAGUGUUACUCGAGAUGUUUAUAGAAGAACUAAGUCUAAAUCAACUUUGCAUGAUGGAGCUACGCCGAUUAUGGUUGUUGAAGACAACAACUCCCAAAUUGAUCUGAACGACGAGGAAGUAUUUUGUAGUGAUCGGUAGAAUACGAUCCAACUCACGGUCCCGAAGAAAAAAAAUCAUUUAGUAUCGUUACCGUGAGCCAAGCCAGUAGAUAGGAUUUUCGAAUAUCGUGUUGAUCCUGAGUCUUUAAAUACUUCUAAAGAAGUUUUGAUUUGAUUAGUGGUUCAUUUUUUUAAAUUUACUCAGGAAAUGAUCACGAUUUUUAGUUAGUUAUCUGGUGCUUGGUUUUUUAUUACUGUUUAAUUUUUUUUAAAUGAAUAAAAUAUUGUUAUUUAAUUUUUCAGCAUUCUUAAAAGAUUUUGUUUCACU